AUGCUUGCCACAGACAUUGCCUAUUUUUGUGUGCGCCAGGGACUUCCUUUCCGCGUGUCGCACGAGAUCGCUGGCGAAGUAGUCGCCCUGGCUGAAAACAAGAACACCGUGAUCGAUCAAUUACCAGCGGAAGAAAUAGCCGCACUAAAUCCCAUCUUUGGCGAUGGUUCAGGAGUGGUUGAACUUCUAUCAGAUAAGAGACGAUCAAUUGAGCAGUACACAAGCAUAGGCGGAACUGCUCCCGAGGCAACAAGAAAAGACAUUGCAGAAAUAAGAAGACUCGUCGACUCAUAUUCCCAAAAUGAAAUCACUCGGUCACAGCUUUAA